UACGUUUAAGGAUGUACGAUCGACCCCACUUCACUGUACUUUAUAGUUAAAGCUAAAAUAAUCUACAUAUCGCUUGUGGCGUUAAAGUAAUACGGAUUUUAACGACGGACGGUCGUUGUCUGUAAACGGAUCAAUUAGCGGACAAUUCAUUCCUUCUAGUGGCGUUAAGAUGAACGUCUACCUUACUGUUCUGUUUGUGAGUUUUGGUGCGCUGCUGGCGGAGGCGAACCAGAAGUGCCAUGGACAUCCCCGGAUGUACAAUGGCAAGCAAUGUGCCUCCACGACGCGGUACGCUGAUCGCCACAAGGGGGCGUGCGGCUGUGGACCCCACGACACUGACAACCAGUUUCCAUGGAACAGCAACGGACUCGUGGCGGCAGCCAAUCAGAACCUGUUUGACAGCUCUGGUGGCACCUGGUGCGGUCCGUCAUGUGGAAAAUGCGUCAGGCUCACCACCACUGGUGGUUUCGUCAAAGGCCAGGGCGGCGCAACGGGCGAGGGUAAGUCGAAGAUAUUUAUGAUAACCAACCUCUGUCCCAAUGUAUGGCCGAACCUGAGCUGGUGCAAUCAACGAGGACACAACGGUGUCAACCAGUACGGCUACGCAGCCCACUUUGACCUCGAAAACGGUCACACUCAGAUCACCGGUAUGGGCUGGGACAACUCGGAAGUGACGUGGGAAUGGGCCAACUGUGAUGAAGGCCACUCCCAAGAUGGGCGCACCCCUAACUACGGCAUGUACCAGCAGUGCCAGUGCAAAAAGAACAGGCGCCAUACUGGAAAGAAGUAACGCUUGUUAACCUGCGUUUAUCAACACAUCAAUACCUUUUUACCAACAUCUGCUUAAGGUUUUAGAACUGUAAUACGACAUUUUUAUUUCCUGUUCUUUCAUCGCAUAUUUCCUGUUACCAUGGUGUCCUGCAUCCAGCAUCAAAUGUUAAGAAAAAUAUAUCGAGUAAAUACUGAUUAUUAGACAUUCCAAGUUGCCAACCAUCAAUCGCGUUUUCUCCAAUUUUUCAUAACAAUUGAAUUUUAAAAUUCAGAUUUAUUUACCUAUAUAUUGAUAAAGCAAGACGUACUUUGUAUAUUUUUGAUACAUCAAUGCCUAGUAUACGCAUUCGUUAUAGUAAGCGAUGUGCAAUAAGAGGAAUAAAAAAAAUAUAUGCACACAA